AUGAAUCGCAAGGAGCUGGUCAAGGAGCUCGAUGCCUUGCAAGACAGGUACAAGAUCCAAGAGAAGUAUGGCCGGUCGGUCCUGCCGGACUCCUAUUGCCCCAAUGGGCCUGCAGCUUUGCGUGCGGCCGAGGAGCGCCUGGCUGCACGGCUGCCGCCCUCGCGUGCCGAGAAGGCGCUGGAGGAGAUCGCCAGCGGGCAGGCGGCCUGGAAGAAGUUCCAGGAGCAAGCAGAUGCAGAUGAACAGAGCAAGGAGCUCCGCGGCCCCAAUGGGGUUGCCCAGCGCAAGGAUGGUUUGGACAUGUCGUUCCACCAGCUGCUGAACGACGCUUCGCGCAUGCGAACGCAGCUCAACGAGAUCGGCCUGCAGCUAAACCAGGGUGGCCGGGACCGAGCAGUGCAACACCUGCAGCAGAGCCGAGCAGUGCCGCGGAAUAUCCAGGAGGAGUUCCGGGAACAGCAGAAGGUACUGGUGGAGCAAAAGCGUAUGCUCGAGCAGCUGCGGCAUGAGCGCGAGGUUGCAGCAGGGGACCAGUUUUGGCUGCAUCGGAAGAACCGGCUGGAUCACGACGACAACGUGGCGGGCAAGCCAGGAGUGGACCCAGCAGUGCCGCCUGAAGAGCUUUUUGCGGCCCACCGGCAGUUGCGGGCGGACCCGGAGGCUGAACGAGUCUAUGGCUGGAGCGACCCUCACGUAGCUGUACCGCCGCAGGAUGGAUACGUAUAUGCGGAGAUAUUGCGAGUGUCACGACGGCAGCAGCCGGGUACCGUCGUGGAGCUUUGUAUCAUUGACAAGGCUGGUGUUACGUUGGCACGGAACUCUGCUGACUUUCCAGAUGAAGUUGGGGAGCGUUGCGCGCUUGGUGUUACAAUCCCGGCGAUAGCCGCUGGCAGUGCGACUGCCGAGGUAUGGAUAUUGGGGCCGACUUUGCAGAACAGUGUGGCGGUGCCCUUGUCGCAGCUCCCAGCAACCCGGGGAAGCCACAAGGAGUACAUCAUGGAGGGUGAAAAGCCCUUGACGGUGCACAUGGACCUCUCCAGUGUGAAGCCACAGGAUGAAAGAGGGAACCGGCUUCAAGCCACUAGGGUUGUGGAGAGUACGGCUGGGGUUUGUCCCACCUCAGAUCUCCCCAGCGCAUAUCCUCAGCUUCCUCCCUCCGAUGCCCACCGUCGCUCACAGAAGAAGGCUUGGGACAGUCAGGGACGCCCUGACUUCAUCCAUGGCGCGGAUGUAGCCUACAACUUGGCAGCCGAGUUGGAUCGCCGGACGCAAGCAGUUGCCUCGAGGAAGAAGGCACCACUACGGGCCCCUCCAAGGGCUCUUCCAAGGGAUACAGAGGUCACUCCUAGGGAGCGAUUUGAGUCACCGCGGCAGCCAGAAGAGGAGCAGCCGGUGAGAGGUGGCUUUUUCUCCGGCUGGGAAGAGCCAGAGCCGCAUGAGCAGGAUGAUGAGGCUACGGAUGACUUGGCCAGCCGCUCAUCGCAGCCCUCGAGACGAAGUGAGCCCAGAAGUGUUGACCCAGCGCGUGGCUUUGGUGAAAGAGGUCCUCGAGAGUACGAGGAUCGGGAUGCCAGCCUAACGCCUCGGCACGCGCCUCGCCACGGCGGAAAGCCGGCGCGCGGGCUGGAUGAGCUGGACUUUGCGACGGAGGACCACGCCGUUUCCUCGAGCUCAGCUUGGGAGCGCGCCAGCCAGAGGGAUGAGGCUGCCACGCCCCACUUUGAGAGCGAGAUAGACGGCUACAGGUAUGUUGAGAGCCACAACUUGACAAGACCAAAGAGUAAUCAGAGGAGCCACUCCCAGCCCGUGCCGAAGAAAAAGAAGAAAGUGCCGAGGCCAUAUUUCGAAUCUGAAGAGGCUACAGUGAGGCAGCCUCCCCGCGGGAGCUCGGAGCAUGCGGAGAACUGGGUUUGGCCCGACUUCCCCUUUGCUGCCUUUGGUGGAUUUGGGUCAUCCGUGGUCGAUGUGGAUGCUCCUGAAUACCAGGAGCCGGAGGUGGACGAGGGUGAUGCAGUUGGGGAAGUGGCUCAGCCAGAGGCGGAGCCGUCCAGCUUCCUUGCAAGCUUCGCGAUGCCCUUUGCAGCCUUCGCAGGUUUUGGCGAUGAGCCGAAGGCGGCGAAGAAGCCGCCGCCGCCUCCGAAGCCAAAGCCGAAGCCGAAGACAACCGAAGCCAAGGCGAAGGCGGAGCUGAAAAAGAUGACGAAAGUGGGCUGGCAGCCUUGGGCCACGAUCGCAGCGGAGGAUGCCAGCGAGCCUGCGGAUCUACGCAGCGUGGUAUUACCGUUGCGGCCACCUCAUAGCGCCCGCAAUUUGGACCAGCUGUACGCCAAGCUUUUACUUCGGCAAAAGGAUGGCAAACUUGGCAUGCCCAACAUCGGCCAGGACGUUUUGGAGUUGGCAGCCCGUGUGGCAAAGCUGGAGACCCUGGCGCCAAACCUUCAUCAGCAUGAGCAGGCGGAAGUCGGCGGAGCUCACGCAAGGAUGACUGCCUAUGCAGCACUGCUCUUGGAUUCAUUGCAAAAGUAUGAGAACAGUUCUGUCCUGGGCCUGUGGAUCGUAGAGGCCUUGACGACGCUUUUCCGGGCAGGGGACGCAUAUCAGCAGGCGGAGUUUUGCGUGCCCUUCUUCCGGGCCUUUGCUGGCGUGGCAUUGCGCUUUCAAGACGCGAACUCGCCCAACCUGCACAUGCGGGUGCUGCAAGGUCUUGCUGAAGUAGCAAGCCCGGACUGCAGAAUCUGCGAGCCCGGACUGAUCGAUUAUGUGAUUGAACAGCUGGACCAGCACAGGAACAAGCUGAACACGCUGACCGUGGAGCAUGCCUUGUCAAUCCUUUGCGUUCUGAAGUCCCCACAUCGCGUCAACGAGCAGAUCCGGCACUGCCUGCUGGUAUUGCGCGGCUUGAAAUCUGAGCAGUACCUCUGCACACGAGCCAUGGUCACCGCUGCCGAGCUCUAUGGCGUGGUGGAGAGGCUCAUUGCCAAGGAGCGUGCGGCCAGAGAAAGUGCCAGCAGCUACUAUGCCAGCUACACCAUGGACGACGAUGCGCAGGACCAAUUCGUGGCGGAUCUGGGGAUCCCGCCCGCUGGGGUGGAUGUGCGGCUGGUGGCCACGGUUAUGGACCUGUACCCCAACAACCGCAAGCUGGCGGGCGCGGCGCUGCGCACAUUUUCGGCCAUGGCCAAGAUGACCCGCAAGCAUUUGCAGGAUGUUUUGGCCGGCGAGGUGAGGCCGAUCUCAAACACGCUGCACGAGCACGCCAAAAGCCGCUCCGUAAACUUGCACGUCGCCGAGCUGAUGCACCUCGCGGCCACAAAGAGACCGGAAUUGAUCUCCGAUAGUUUGAUGAUGAUGGCCUGCAAGUCGCUGCGGAGUUCUACCCGGGACGCAGAAAUUGUGACUCACCUCCUGCUGUCCCUGGAAGUGUUCCUGGCGGCAUCGGCGGCAAACCAAAAGGGUGGAAUUGGGCCGGUGAACAUGUCACUUGCCCAAGCCCUUCCCUCCGACGUGCUGGUCAGAAUCGGCGACAUUCACCAUGCUGACUCUGGAGUCAUAGCACCUUUGUGCCACUGCAUUGACAUGCAAGCGACUGCAUCGCCUGAUUAUCGGGACGACUUCGUGAACGCUGGCGCAAUGGCGGUACCUCUGCGAGUUUUUGACGAGGCAGAAACGCAUUCUGCGGCAGCCUGCGCUGCCUCCGCGCAUGUGCUCAAGGAGUUGUUGAUCGAGUCCCGAAAGGCUACCAGCCAAUUUAUGGACGCAGGCGGCCCGCGGCUCAUCUUUAACGUGCUCAGCAAGCAGUGCGAGAGCGCUGCGGUGGUCCAAGCCGGCCUGGCCGCGCUGGCGGUGGCGGCCCAAUUUGUGCCAGUGCGCCGGGCCAUGAUCCACCCGCAGCUGCCGCACACGUUGACCACCUUGGACCAGCUCUUUCGUGUGGCGGACGCCCAUUUGGAAGCGCUGCCGGAUGUGCUGCCCUGGGCUUGCCUGGCGGCCGGCGCGCUCACAGAGUGCGAGCACGAGGAGAGUCAGGAGAUCAUGCGAAAGGCCAUCAACCUUGAUCAGCUCCAAGCCAUGCUCUCAAAGGUUCGCUCUGCUCACUACAACUUCAGCGGCGAUUUGGACUUCUGCCAGACGCUCAUUGAUACCGCCGCCAAGAGCCGUUUGUCCAACAAGGCCAUUCUGGCCAAAGAUGGCCAGCUGCUGAAAAUGCCGGCCGCGCGUGUGGACGCCCCGGGUGCCCCCAAGAGCUUUCAUGCUGAAACGGUCACCGUGGUCCCGGAGACGGAGAAAGUGCAGGGCGAUUGGCAUGCGCCCUUGGACAUCUUCGCCCCCUUGCGCAAGCUGGGUGUUGGAGCUGACCAGUUUGGCGCAGCCAUCACACACGAGCAGAUCGCAGUGCUUCAAGGUGUGGCCUCUGCGCCGGUCAAGGCGGACACCGCCAGCAAGUUCCUUCGUGCAGUGAGGGACGAAUUCAUGGAUGGCAAGAAGGGCUCCGUUGAAGGCUUCAUGGCUCGACGCGGUCCGCCGCAAGAAGGUGAAGACGGUGUGCUCUAUGAAGGUGACUACAUCCUUACCGUAGAUGAGCAGAGGGCACUGAGGCCUUUUAUUCAAAGAAUGCUGGACGCGCCAGACAAGAGCAAAGAGCUCCAAGAGAUACAGCAUCGUUGGAAUGUCAAGGCGGCAGAAGACCAACCCGAAGAGCAAGGCUUUUUCUCCGGCAUCUUCGGCGGGCCGACGCCCGAAGAAGCCGAGGCCAAGGCAACCGCGCCGAAGGCCAAGGCCAAGGCACCAACUCCACCGCCGCCAGCGGCGCCAUCGGCGCCAUCGGCGUCGGCCAGAGCUCAAGCCGUGGAUUCCGACUGA